GCUUGUAAAAAGUACAACGUGGGCGUAAGGUGGUAAGAGUAUAACAACAGUCAUCAAACGUUUUAUCUUCUACGAGGACCUUUAGUUUUUUAAGCCGUCUAAGGCAAAGAUCGUGUGGCUGUGCUGAGCUUCCUUAAUGCAACCCGUCUGGUCUCCAGCAGCUCGCGUUUCUGUUUCUGAUGUGUGUUUGGAAAGAUAUACGCUCUCGUUGAUCGUUGUAAACAAAGAACGUGUACUCGUGCUGACUGACGGGAGUAACAUGCCGGAAAGAGGAGGUAAGUGAGCCCACUGUCUCUACUAGUCCUAGUCCAGUUAUAAAAUCGGCGCGCUUGCCUCCUUCUCCCCUGGUGGAUCUUUCAUUCGGGUUACUCAGAGAGGGAUCCACAUCAAAAGAAGGGAAAGCAUCAGACAAAACAAAAACCAACCAGUUCCAGCAAGUACAGAUGAACCAGUUGUGAACCGGAUGGAAAAGACUUUUACCACUAUGAAGCAGCCCAGAAGACGCCAGAGCAUUGACAGUGAAGACAAAAGCUUCACAUGCGAUCAGUGUGGAAAGACUUUAACCCGGCGUAGCGGUUUAAAACAACAUCAGCUCAUCCACACUGGAUUCAAACCAUUCAGCUGUCAUCAGUGUGGAAAGGCUUUUACUCAGAAUGGCCACCUAAAAAAACAUCAGCUCAUCCACACUGGAUUUAAACCAUUCAGCUGUGAUCAGUGUGGAAAGACCUUUACUCAGGAUGGCAGCUUAAAACAACAUCAGCUCAUCCACACUGGAUUUAAACCGUUCAGCUGUGAUCAGUGUGGAAAGACUUUCACCGGGAGUAGCGGUUUAAAACAACAUCAGCUCAUCCACGCUGGAUUUAAACCAUUCAGCUGUGAUCAGUGUGGAAAGACUUUUACUCAGAAUGUCCACUUAAAAAAACAUCAGCUCAUCCACACUGGAUUUAAACCGUUCAGCUGUGAUCAGUGUGGAAAGACUUUCACCGGGAGUAGCGGUUUAAAACAACAUCAGCUCAUCCACGCUGGAUUUAAACCAUUCAGCUGUGAUCAGUGUGGAAAGGCUUUUACUCAGAAUGACCACUUAAAAAAACAUCAGGUCAUCCACACUGGAUUUAAACAGUUCAGCUGUGAUCAGUGUGGAAAGGCUUUUACUCAGAAUGGCCACUUAAAAAAACAUCAGCUCAUCCACACUGGAUUUAAACCAUUCAGCUGUGAUCAGUGUGGAAAGACUUUCACCGGGAGUAGCGGUUUAAAACAACAUCAGCUCAUCCACACUGGAUUUAAACCAUUCAGCUGUGAUCAGUGUGGAAAGACUUUCACUGGGAGUAGCGGUUUAAAACAACAUCAGCUCAUCCACACUGGAUUUAAACCAUUCAGCUGUGAUCAAUGUGGAAUGGCUUUUACUCAGAGUGGCAGCUUAAAAAAACAUCAGCUCAUCCACACUGGAUUUAAACCAUUCAGCUGUGAUCAGUGUGGAAUGGCUUUUACUCAGAGUGGCAGCUUAAAAAAACAUCAGCUCAUCCACACUGGAUUUAAACCAUUCAGCUGUGAUCAGUGUGGAAUGGCUUUUACUCAGAGUGGCAGCUUAAAAAAACAUCAGCUCAUCCACACUGGAUUUAAACCAUUCAUCUGUGAUCAGUGUGGAAAGACUUUCACUGGGAGUAGCGGUUUAAAACAACAUCAGCUCAUCCACACUGGAUUUAAACCAUUCAGCUGUGAUCAGUGUGGAAAGGCUUUUACUUCCAAACGUAACUUAAAAGGACAUCAGCUCAUCCACACUGGAUUUAAACCAUUCAGCGGGGGUCAGUGUGGAAUGGCAUUUGCACUCCAGAUAGAUUAAAAAAAUCAUCAACUAAUCCACCCAAUCAUCCAUCCAUCUUCUUCCGCUUUAUCCGGGGCUGGAUCGCUGGGGCAGCAGCCUAAGCAGAGAAGCCCAGACCUUCCUCUUCCCAGCCAACUCCUCUAGCUUUUCCGGGGGAACACCAUGGUGUUCCCAGGCCACCCGAGAGAUAUAAUCUCCCCAGCGUGUUCCGAGUCUGCCUCGGGGCCUCCUCCCAGUGGGACAUGCCCGGAACACCUCACUCAGGAGGCAUCCUUGUCAGAUGCCUGAAUCACCUCAACUGGCUCCUUUCGAUGUGGAGGAGCAGCGGCUCUGCGACUCUGAGCCCCUCCCGGAUGGCUGAAGGAGUAACAGAUGGGUUGAAGGUGGGGAUGGGAUUACAUUUAUUCUGAGCCCCUUCUUGUUUUCAUUAGCGACGGACAGACUGACAUUUGAGGUCAUUUAAGAGUCUCUGUUGAAUAUCUUGUUUGCAGAUGACAUUGUAAUCUAUAGUAGGAAUAGGAAUCAGGUGUAAGAGAACCUGGAGAGGUGGAGGUAUGCUCUGGAGAGAAGAGAAAUGAAGGGAAGGGAAAUAACAUGCCUAUCUUAAGCUGGCAGCUAGCAUGUAGAAAGACUUUCUCUGAAUUGUUGAUAUUAGUUUCUUACAUUUUCUGAUUUUUAAUCAAAUAGUCUUUUCAGAAACUCCUGAUUGUUGUUUCAUAAAUGUAAUGGCUAUUUACUAGAAACCUAAAUUAAACCCAUGAUUAAGAGUGUUAAGGAAUAAACAUAUAUUCUUAGUGCUUAUUUUCUGAUUAUAUUGUUUUUUGUACAUUGUAGUAAGGUCUGUGAGGAAAACUAGAGCUGUGUCCCAAAACGUCGGCCUUCAAAUGCGGCCUCCGGAGGAUGCAGCCGACGUUUUGGGACACAGCUUAGGUCAGAGGGUGACUGGUCGCCUUGGCAACAGAGACUUCAGUAAGGAGAAGUUAAAAAACAGGAAGCUAGGGUAGAGCUGCAUAGGCAUAUUAAUAAAACACAGGAAACCAGACAGAAAAGCAGAACUAGUAACACAGAAGGAGUUGUUUAUAUCGAAACUAUGUGUGUGUAACGUAUAGCAGAGCUAUAAACAGAAUUUAUUAAGAGGCCACGAUGCAGCAAGGGUUUGAAAUCUAUGCACGCAUCACAAAACAAACUGUUCAUUGAAGAUCGAAUUGAGGAAAAAUUUGUCACGUUAAAGUCACGCAAAUGUUGAAUUUAACUGUUCUGUGCAAACAUCUAUGUAAUCUUGCAGACCAAGCAUUAUUGUCAUCAUGUGAUCACAAAGAGAAUCAGAGCAUCUGAACGGAUUGCCUUCUAGCUCAAUCUGAAAGACCUGUUGCUGUUUAUUUGGCUGUUCAUCAUGAGAUAAUUAGUGAAGUCAAUGCAAUGCUAAAAGUCUCUAAGGUCGCUAUUUGAAAUGUGUUUUGUUGAUUUGAGUGUAAACUAGGUCGCAGGCUGACAGAAAACUGCAUGCUUUUGCAGAGCACAGGAGGUGCAGACAGAAAGUGAAACUAAGCAAAGUGAUUCGAUUUAAACUUAGAGUGUGUGAUGUGCUGCGGAAAUAUAUCAAAUCAAGUCAAAUCACUUUUAUUGUCACAUCACAUGUGCAGGUACACUGGUACAGUACAUGCGAGUGAAAUUCUUGUGUGCGAGCUUCACAAGCAACAGAGGUGUGCAAAAGUACAAUAACAUAAAACAAG